AUGGCUCAAAACUACUCCGGUAACGACGGUGAGCCAUUUCUGCUUAAGGAGGUAGAGCGUCCCAUCAUCGGUGCACUGCUUGGUAUCAUCUCUGUCUGUGCAUUCUUUGGUAAUGUCCUCGUCAUCCUAUCCUUCGCUCUGUCUAAGAAACUCCAAAACACAACCAAUGUUUUCGUGGUGAAUCUAAGCGUGGCUGACUUGAUAACCAGCGUUUGCAUCACAGUCAACGUGGUGGCUAUUGCAAGACCUCAACACCUGCCUGAUUGGAUCUGCGUAUGGUGCGGCUUCUUCAGCGUCAUCUGCGUCGGCUGCAGUGUCUACACCCUAGCCUGCAUUGCCGCCUACCGUUUCAACGUCAUCUCAAAAAGACAAAGGCAAUUGAGUAAAUCAGCCAAAGCCGUAGUGAUCUCGGUGGUUGUCGGUCUGACUUGGUUUACACCCAUUACAGUGGCCACUGUUCCUUUACUCUUCGGUCUGGGCGAGUUUGGCUACAACACCAAAUACAGUUCCUGCACGUGGAAUUCCUACAUGAAAGACACCUACGACUACAGCUUGAUCCUGUCCGCAUGCUACUACCCAGUCCCUAUGCUGGUCAUCAUCACCAGCUACAGUAAAAUUUUCUUUAUCCUUAGAAAGAUAAAGAAGCGAGUGAGUCCGGAACUGGCUGUACCAAGCGAGCCAUCAAGUGGUUUGCGUAUUAUGCGCCACGCCCAGCGAGCACCGUACGCGCUGGAGAAAAGACAAGCUACAGUCACUAAAAACAUGUUCUACGUUGUGUGUGCCUUCCUGAUAUGCAUGACACCGUAUUCUAUGGCUCUGGUCUUUCCCGGUAGCGACAGGUUCAUUCCGUAUUCAGCUGUAAUCUUGAUGCUCAGUAGCUGCGUUAACCCGACCAUUUACGCCACCAAACACCCAGAUUUCAGCAAAGUCAUGAAGAAAAUCGUUACUUGUAACUUCCACAAAAUUCCACAUUAUGUAUUUAGGUGA